UAGUGUGUGGUUUUGGGGGAUAGUUUGGCGUUGCUGCAAGCUCGGGUAGGUCUGGUCUGUGGCUGGCUGCUCAGUUUCUGAUUGACAGGGUUGAGGGGUGGAGACGCAGGGUGGGGUCACAAGCAGGGAGAGGCGGAGGAGAAACGAAGAGAGAGCGCCCAACCCUGUACACGGCAACAACACACCGAGAGAGAGAGAGACUUUACUGGUGAAGAAAGAGGAAUAGUCGACGCCGUGGAUAUGAUCUAAAAGAAUAUCCGAAGAGGCAAACAAUAUAACUUUCUCCCAAAUAGCAAAUUGAUUCAAAAGGUGGAAAACUGCCAAAAAGAUUACUAUUAUUCAAAAUCACCCCACCCGAUCAACCCCCCCCCCCCACUGCACCCUAGCUACCGAGAUGCACACGGAGACUCGAAGCAAGAAAUGCCAGUCGAGUCCUAAGAAGGCCAGCAGUGGUGCCAGCMCCCAGUCCCAACCACAUCCCAAGGAGCCCCGAACCAAGAAGGAGCCCCAACCCAAGGUUCCCAAGAAGGAACCCAAGACAGAGCCCCAGACCCAGGUGGAAGAAGAAGAAGACAUGCCCUCGGUACACAUCAAACCAGAACCAGAAGAGGUGGAGUGCACGGCUGAAGUGGGUGAGGAGUGUCCCCAGCCGACAGACCUGAAGAUCAAGACAGAGAAGACCCAGCCUGAGUCUCCCCCUCCCCUCUGCACAGCCACAGACAUGACCAUAGACACAACCACAACGGACACGCAAGAUGACUCCUCCCYCCCCCCAGAGGACCAGACGGAACCUGUCGACCUGUCACUUGGCAAGCCACGCCCCUCCCUGCCCGUUUCUACACCGUCCAACACAGCCAACCCCGCCCCCAGCUCCGUGGCGCCGCCCACGCUGUCGGCAAACCACAUCCCUACGGUAACCAUUCUAGACACCAUGAUGCUCUCUCCCGGGUCCAUCCUAGCAUCCACCCAGGGGGCAGGCGGUCAGCAGAUCCUGCAUGUCAUCCACACCAUCCCGUCGGUUAACAUGCCCAGUAAGAUGGGRCAGCUGCAGACCAUCCCCGUGGUGGUCCAGUCUCUGCCCUUGGUCUACACCACCAUGCCCACGGACGGGGUGGCCACCGCUGCCAUCACAGUGCCCCUCAUCGGGAGCGACGGGCGCUCGGAGGGAUCCGUGCGUAUCAAGCCUGGCUCGGCGUCCCCAGUGGAGUACCAGAGUGACAGUGAUGUAGAGAGUGGGACAGAGUCCGGUUCAGCAUCCUUCAGUACACCGGGACUGGACACAGGGUCGGGCGUAGACAUGGACAUGCAGGUGGAUCCUGAUUCGCCGGAUAUGAAGAGGAGGCGUGUCCAUAUGUGUGACUAUGAUGGCUGUAACAAGGUGUACACCAAGAGCUCACACCUUAAAGCCCACCGCAGGAUACACACAGGAGAGAAGCCGUACCACUGUACAUGGGAGGGCUGUACCUGGAGGUUCGCCCGGUCAGACGAGCUGACACGACACUUCCGUAAACACACGGGCAUCAAGCCCUUCCGCUGCACCGACUGUGACCGCUCCUUCUCCCGGUCCGACCACCUAGCCCUGCACCGGAGACGCCACGUCAUGAUGUGAACCAUGACCUCUGGCCCCUGAUCUUUAAACCCUUCCCCCUACUACCAUCACCCCCCCCCCUCCCCCCCUCGGUACUCAAAUGAAACUCAGAUGGGAGGGGCUAAACCCUGAAUUGUCACUUCCUGUUUCUGUCUCUUUUCUCUCCUCGUCCUCUAAUUUGAACUGUGGGUCAUCAUGGAGAUCAGGAAAUUUAAAGAGGUGGAGAACGCAGAUUGCAAAGUAAAUGAUGAGAGCAGUUCAUUGUUGUUAUUUGGUUGCCCAGCACCUGAAGGGGGAGUCCACCACUCUUCACAGCCACCCUCACCCCAAUGCUUACCUUCUCAUCUCUCCCUCACACCCCACUCAGUGUGACCAUGGCAUGACGCCAUCCUCCUCUAUGGCUUCCUAUCCAUCCAGAAGACCGAUCAGUGAAGACAAAGCAGUGAAGCCUGACUAGGAUACUGCAGAGAGAAAGAGACAGACAGGACUGAGAGAGAGACCGAGAACGGACUUUGAAAUGAUGCAGGGAUACCUACACCACACACUCAGCUCAGAGGAAGAAGAUGAGGGAGGAAGAGAACGGAGAGGAGGUGAAGGGAGCGGGGAAGGAAAUGUGGCUUUUGUCUUGUUGAUUUCAGAGGGGAAMAUACUGUGGAUACGUUUACUGUAUUUUCUUUCUCAACUUCUGUGAUCCUGCAUUGCGUGUGUGUGUGUGCGUGUGUGAGCGUUAGUGAAGUGUGUGCUAUUUAAAGACAGUUGAAGAUGCAUAAAGUCCUCUCCAUAUUCUUCCCGAGCAGAGUCCACAGCCCCCUCGGGGUGUGUGGGGCAGAACUGUUCUAUUCUGUCUAAUUCAACCCCCCCCUCCACUCCCCCAUCCCCUAAAACAGGGAGCUACAAGACUGUGAAUUUUUAUUAAGAUUCUGUUUUCCUCAGUUUCAAUCAGAAAUGAAAUCAUGUUCACUUGCCCCACAUUUUUWACUUGUCGGUUCAGUAACAGUAUUUGUUGUUUAAAAAAAAAAAGGCCUUUUUUCCCUUCUUCUCCUUCCCUCCUUCUCUUUGCCAGUGAUUGGCUCUUAACAGAAUAACAUCCCUUUUUUGUCUAUUUCAAAUCCUUAGAUUGUGUUUGAGGCUGUGAAAGUAUAAGAAAAUAAGUUUGAGAUUACAAAUGGAACUCUCGCAGGGAUCUAGGGGAGCUUGUGUGUGUGAGUGUGUUUUGUGCGUGUGUAUGGACGUGUGUGUGUGUAACAAAUAAUCAGAACUGAUGAUUUUAGAAGUGUGUGUUUGGGGCAGCAGAGUGUUACCUCUUGCCCGUCGGAGCCUUAAUGAAUCAAAGUCAAUCUGAGAAACUCUGGUUUUAGAAACGCGCGUUUGUUUUGGUCUUCAGGGUUACCCAGGAAACGGGGUCUUAUCGCCCUGACGACAGGUCACGAGGCACUCUCUUUUUUGUUACAAGCAUUUCUACCCAGACUCAGAUCAGGGCUUUUAUUUACAGAGUCACAGAGUAAGAUUUCUGAUCUAGGAUCAGGUCUGCCCUUUCCAUAUGAUCUUAUUCAUUAUGAUCUAAAAGGCAACACUGAUCCUAGAUCAGCAAUUGACUGAUCUUCACGUCUUAAGCUGGCUGUUUUUAGCUCCUGCUCUCUGGGUUCACUUGAUUAUGCAACUUCCACAGACCUCGCUCCUUACGCUGUACUGGGGUCAGUGGAUAAGUAUGUGUUGCUAGUGGAACAUACAAAGAGCUCACUCCAAAGUGCUGUUAUGGAGUAAGUAGCAACAUACAUCUUGCUACUGGGACAUACACAGAUCUUGCUCCUAAGGGCUGUACUGAAGCCAGUGGCUAAGUACGUGUUGCCACUGGAACGCACAGCUCCUGUGAUACUAGUGCUGAGUGAUUAACUGAAAUGUCAGUUAUUUAACGUUUUUCAAACAACUAAUUGACCAACAUCAGUCCAAUUAUUUAAAUUCCAUUAUGUUCUGUUUUUUUUCAGUGAGCUCAUUGCACAGUUUCUGUACAAAUAAAUCAGAUAUAGACUGAAAUGCUUGGUGUUGGAGGGAGUUGUAGUUUCAACAGGGCCAAUAUUCUAAAUAGUUUAGCUCAUAAAACGCGAUGAAUAACUACAAUGACCAUCAUCCAUUGCGCAUCUACUUGUCUGGUCUAUGUUUUCUUUUACGCCAGCUACGGAAGAGACAGAGCAAUGCGUGAUKGUGAGAGGAUAUAGAGAGCAUCUGUUGGUUCACAAGGUAUCUGUACCUGCAAAUACAUGAUCUAAGUGAUUGCUAGUUUGUGUUCAGCAGUCAUAAAAGUGUGUUAUUUACUUUGAAGAACAACUAAAAUAGUGAUUUUUGUCAGACAGCGUAGGCAGCAGCUCUAGAGAUGAAAUUAUGACUUGGAAUGCAAUACAAAUACAAAAGUACAACUCCCUCCUACAUCAAACAGUUCAGGCCGUAUCAAAUAAAACAAAUGUAAUAUACACAACAGCUGAAAUAUUUGAUUAAAGUAAAGUCAUGUGAAUAAACGAUGGUUAAUAAGUGAUACGCCGUAAUGGGCGGUCACUACCACCAUGGGACUUGUAUGAAUUGUUUUGUUCUGUGUUAUUACAGCAUUCAACCCCAUAAUGCAUAGUGCAUUUUAAUGUUUUAAAAAAUCAUCAAAACCGUGAUUAUAAUUGAACCGAAACCGAACCGACCUCAAAAAGUACUAAUCGCUCAGCACUACGUGGGACAUACAUACAGAGAGGGCAUACUUGAGGACACGUAAAACAAAUUGUUUGGCUCUCGCUAGCAGUCGCAGCAGCCGUCAUCAUUUCAAACGCUAGCUAAAUAAAACACGAGCGAAUUUAAGAUCCCUUUUCUGUUGACAAUUUAAAAACAAAAUGGCAAAUAAUGCUUGUCUGACUCUGAGCCCAGCCUUGGUGUGAGUUGAGUUGAGCGCARGCCAGAAGCAGCGAGAGAUCUUAUUGGUCCACACAGAGCGAUGCAAUGUWCCUAUGAGUUUCUCUCAUUCUCUGCUUUCGACUCCUAACAAUGAUACUAAGCACAUCUUUCUAGAAGAGUAUAUGCAUUGGAUUGCAACUUGUUUUGUUUUGUAAACUGUUCAUAUUAGAUGUUAAGGACUAUGAGAAWAAUGAAAAAAAGAAUAAGAAGUGUACAUUCUGUAUAUAACCAAAAAGCAUAAUAAAUGUAACAGGUGGAGUUCUAUUUUUAACACUGACUAGACAAUGUGAAAAUAUCAUUUGUAUUUUCUUUUCUCCUCUGUUGGAUGGAUUUACAAAUGAAAUGUGUAUGAAAAGUUAAAUUCCUUCUUUACAACAAAAAAAAAUUCCCCCAAAAUCGGUCCCUUUUGUGUUGUGCUCACUGUUGUUGCAUGGAGAGUAGCAUUUGUUUUUGUGAAGUUGGUGAGCAUGUCGGUGUGAACACGGUGCCCUAACCUAACAGUUAUGAUGACCUGCAACCAUAUCCUUAUCCCAAACGUCACCCUAUUCCCUAUAUAUAGUGCAURACCUUAGGGUUCUGGUCAAAAGUAGUGCACUAUAUAGAGAAAAGGAUGCKAUUUUUGGACGCACCCCAUGCUGAAAAACUGAUAAUAUGUCAUAUCUGUUGUCAUUGGUCAAACCCACCUCACUGCAUAGACAUGGCAAUGCCAUAUACAAUACAAGACACCAACUCAUCCAUAUGAAAUAACAUAAAAUCCUUGUUAACUCCAAAUACCACAAAGAAAACCAUACAAUAAUACAUCAAUACAAUACACCACGAUAGUGAUGCUCUUUCCAAGAACAUGCAUCUACGGUUUAGACGUGGCAGCAUACGACUGAAGACUUCAUGACCCUCUGCUCGUUACUGUACUGGGUCUGAACAAGCACGUUUAUCCACUAUCAGCUAGUCACCCAUCACUUCUACAAUACGGCACCACAUAAUGUAAGGGUUGAUUGAUUGUGUGUGUGCGUGCGUGUGUGUAUUACUGAGCGUGUGUGAGUGUAUUACUGAGCGUGUGUGAGUGUGCUUUUUCUUAUCAUUAAUCAAAACUCUUAAGAAAUCAUAAUUUUAGGUAUUUUUUAUUGAAUGCAGUAAUUUAUGGGCCAGUACUAUAUUACUCAGUGCAAUGCAGUUAURGUUAUAAUAAUACAAGUCAUUAAUAUUAUUUCUUUUGUAUUUGUACAGAACAAAUGUGUAAAGAUCAGUGAGGAAAACGUGAGCUUUUUGAUACUGUGAGAUGUUGUUUCAUUAAGUCAGUUUCCCCCUGUACAGUUGUGAUUUACCCCACUCCUUUUAUAGAAUAAAAUGUUUUUGGUUCAGA